UUAGAAUAUUUAAAUUUAUUCUUACUAAGGUGUUUUCGAAAUGAACAUUGAGAUUCUCGAGAGCCAGACUGUGGUUUUUGAAAUUUCAUAAUCAAAUUGGUAGACGAAAAAAAUAGCUUUUGGUGAGAUAUGCAACUUUAAAUAUGCUGAGAAAUAUACUAUUUAAAAUGUUUAAAUACUUAUUAAAUUAAACUUUAAAUUAAAACCACACUGCCAAAAUAAAAUAAAUAAUAUUCUAAAUACAAAUAAUAUUUUAACAAGUGUACAUGAGCAAUAAAAAAUUAAAAAAAAAUGGUUUAAUCCACCUCCCCAACCAUCUUUAUAUUUGCGGGGCAGCUUCUUCAUAUACUUCCAUAGUUUUCUUCGUGCGUCUCCUAUAUAAUUUUUUCUCAUUUUGUUUUUUUGUGCUAUAAAAUUUAAAAGUAUUUUUUAAUUUUGGAUUGUUUAUUAAAAAAUAUAGGAAGAAACUUGUGGAGUUCCAGGAAGAAACUGGCUUCACUGCAUUGGAUUCAGAAACACUUCCACUCUCUAAUCACAUCUACGAUUAUCCUUACAAACUUAUUUUCUUUCAAACCAAUAAUACUAAAUCUUGGUAUUUUAUUACUAUUAUUUUUCUGCAGAUUUGACACCGUCAUCGGAGUUCUAGAACUAACCUUAAAAAUCAAGCCAUUCCUCCUCCGUGUCUGUCUGCAUCAUGCUCCUUUCCAUCUCUCUCCCAACCACCAUAACUGUCAAAACGAAGAUAAGGGCCACCUCCACCCCCAGAAUCACAAAUACCCACAAACACAGAGCAACACCAUUCAAUUCAACCCUAAAAUCCCUCUGCAAAUGGGGCAAUUUAGACGAAGCUCUUCGCCUAAUCGAAUCAUCAAAGCCCACACCCAUUGAAAAAGAAGCAGAAGAAGAAGGUAUCUCGCUCUUCCUCCAUGCUUGCAUCUCCAGAAGGUCCUUGGAACAUGGCCGAAAACUCCACUUGCACUUACUUCGUUCUCAAAACAGAGUCUUGGAGAACCCCACGUUGAAGAGCAAGCUCAUCACUCUGUACUCCGUCUGCGGCAGAGUCGAUGAGGCUCGCCGUGUGUUCCGAAUUGGCCACGAGAGCCCACCAGAAUCUGUGUGGGUAGCGUUGGCUAUUGGGUAUUCAAGAAACGGGUUUUCCUAUGAAGCUUUGCUUCUUUACCGUGACAUGUUGUCACGGUGCGUAAAGCCUGGAAAUUUCGCGUUUUCGAUGGCCCUCAAGGCGAGUUCUCAUUCGGGCAAUGCAAUGGUUGGCAGAGCCAUCCAUGCCCAAAUUGUGAAGCAUGAUGUUGGAGAAGCAGAUCAAGUGGUGAACAACGCGCUUUUGGGGUUUUAUGUGGAAAUUGGGUGCUUAAACGAGGUCUUAAAGGUGUUUGAGGUAAUGCCUCAACGAAACGUGGUGUCUUGGAACACUCUAAUUGCUGGUUUAGCUGGACAAGAAAGACCGUCAGAGACGCUUGGUGCUUUUAGAGUUAUGCAGGGAGAAGGAAUGGGAUUCAGUUGGGUUACCCUUACGACCGUGUUACCCGUGUGUGCUCAGGUUACUGCACUUCAUAGCGGGAAGGAGAUACAUGGCCAGAUUAUAAAGUCUAGGAAGAAUGCUGAUGUGCCUUUGCUAAACUCGUUGAUGGAUAUGUAUGCAAAAUGCGGGGAAAUUGGUUAUUGUGAAAAGGUGUUUGACAGAAUGCGCAGCAGGGAUUUGACAUCAUGGAAUACAAUGCUGGCUGGAUACUCAAUCAAUGGUCAAAUAAAUGAAGCCUUGGCUUUGUUUGAUGAAAUGAUAAGGUCUUCCAUCGAACCAGAUGGGAUUACCUUUGUUGCCUUGCUUUCGGGUUGUAGCCAUUCAGGACUCACCAGUCAGGGGCAAAGAUUGUUUAAUGCGAUGCAUGAUUACGGGGUGCAACCAUCUUUAGAGCAUUAUGCUUGUUUGGUGGACAUAUUGGGUAGGUCAGGGAAACUUGAGGAGGCAUUAACUGUGGCAGAGAACAUUCCAAUGAGACCAAGUGGCAGCAUUUGGGGAUCAUUGCUUAACUCGUCCCGACUUCAUGGAAAUGUUCCUCUAGCUGAAAUAGUUGCUGAGCGACUAUUUGAGAUUGAACCUAACAAUCCUGGAAAUUAUGUGAUGCUUUCAAAUGUAUAUGCAAAUGCAGGAAUGUGGGAAGAUGUGAAGAGAGUUAGGGAAAUGAUGGCCGUGACCGGAAUCAAGAAAGAUGCCGGGUGUAGUUGGAUACGAAUAAAGCAUAAGAUUCAUACAUUUGUGGCUGGAGGAAGCACAAAUUUUCGUCGUUCUGCUGAGUAUAUUAAAAUUUGGAACGAAUUGACAAAUGCUAUUAAAGACUUGGGAUAUAUACCAAACACGAGUGUUGUUCUCCAUGAGAUAAAUGAAGAUAUGAAAGCAACAUGGGUUUGCGAGCACAGUGAGCGUCUUGCUGCUGUAUCUGCCCUCAUUCACACUGGCCCUGGAAUGCCAAUUAGGAUUACCAAGAAUCUUAGGGUUUGUGUUGAUUGUCAUUCCUGGAUGAAGGCUGUUUCAGAAGUGACAAUGAGACUAAUUGUAUUAAGAGAUACAAACCGGUUUCACUAUUUUGAGAAUGGCACUUGUUCUUGUAAAGAUUAUUGGUAAACGAGACCAAGAAGAAUAACUGUUUAUCUAUCCAAUUCGAUUUGGCAUCAUUGAUCUUUUAGAAGUUACUACUUUACAGAGUGUAAAUAGAAAAUUCUUAAGAAUUUCGGUUUAACAAUAAACUACGAAAUAAAUUGUACAGGCUUAAAAGAAAAAGGAGUGAAAAAGUUUUAACUAAAGCAACAAUUGCAGAAGCUUCAACUUCAAGCUGAUAUCAGAAUUACAGCUACCAAUCAAAGCGGGAGUAAACAACUUGCUUGCUUAGUAUGUAUUUCUUUCAAAAAGA